UCAGCUGCUGUUUCUAGCUCAACUAUGCACCCCUACCACAGCUCUCAGUCCAGAGAGGACUAUCUCCCCUCUGAUGGUGCAUUGGGUCACAGUCACCUCAGGUCAUCCAGAUCUGCAGGGUGCACGCCCAAGCCGUCAGCAUCAGCGUAUAGGAGCUUCCACAUGGAAUCUACACAGUCAUGUCCAUCCACAAGCCGAGACUUUCUCUGUCCCAUCUGCCUGCAGAUGGCAAGCUUCCCAGUCCAGACCAACUGUGGCCAUUUGUUCUGUGCUCCCUGUCUGAUCGCCUACUGGAGACACGGGUCCUGGUUGGAUGCAAUCAGCUGCCCUCUCUGCAGGCAGAAGGUCAGCGUGCUGUCCAAUCUAUUUAACGAGAGUCGAUCAGAUCGUCAGUCAAAGGAGGUUCUGGGGGAAAUCACGGACUACAACAAACGUUAUUCCGGAGCCCCACGAAGGGUAACAGACUACCUGAGUGACGCGCCCCUUCUCCUGCACUUACUGGCCCGAGGCCUGGGCACCAUGGGAGGACUUGUGUGGCUGUUUUUCUUCAGGGUGGCCCUGUGCUGCGUGGGGACUGUGGUGUCCAUCUCCUCCCCUCCUCUGGAGCCUGUCUCCUCCUCGGCAGCUCCCAUGGAAACAGACCCCUCCCUCUGCGGACUGCUGGGGAUCCUGGAUGACCUGGUGGUGGUCAUCCUGCUCCUCAUCUGUGUUAUCAACAUCAACCAGCAAAUGGCACCAGAGAGAGAAGGACGCUCUGCAAACGCUACAAACUCUCAAGGAGUGAUGGGGAGCUCACUGUAGACGGAGUGACAGUACAAGCUGUUAGACAUGGACUUUGAUUGGAUUUCGUCCUUCUUGCUGUCACUAAUUGGAUUAGUCGAUGCAAGAAUAUUGACAACGGCACAGCAUGCAGCAGUAGAGACAGUAGACAGCA